AUGGUGCACCUUUUUGCUGCAUUGCCUGCAAUAGAGAGGGAAAAGAUUGAAGUGAAAAGUGUUCAUAAUUGUCGAAGCUCACCAUUACUGUGCCAUCCACCUGUACAGGCAGAGGUUGAGGGGCAAAAGAUCACUUGGUUAACUCCUCAUGCAUCACAGCAAGUAUUGCCUGAAGAUGUUGACUUCAAAAUCAUGCUGACUUUCUUGGAAUUUUAUGAGACUCUCCUUGCAUUCAUCAAUUUUAGACUUUAUCAUUCAAUAAAUGUGAAAUAUCCACCCAUUCUUGAUCCUCGGCUGGAAGCUUUAGCAGCAGAUCUUUAUGCUUUGUCAAGAUACUUUGAUGCCAGUUCUAAAGGCCCCACGGUGGGAUCACAGGCGGAUAGUUCAUGUGGAUAUGAGCAAGUUGAGGACAAGCAAGCAAGUGCAAAGCUUGAUGAGUCUGAACUUAGACUGGCCCAACCUCAGCAUCAACUUCCCUUCAAUGAACCUGGUGCUUUGAUGCACCUCGUUGAAGAUGCUGCAGGCAAGGAUGAAGAUGAUGAAGAAACGGGGGAAUACAUUGUCCCUCAUUUUAACGUUAAUUGGGUUCCCAGAGAUUCAUUGCUUUUUGUCAUUCCUGCUUUUGGCGGUGUGGUUUCUUGGGAGGGAGAAGGAGCUCCACUUGAGGAAUCUGACCAGAGCAUUACUCAUCAGGUUGUUGACAAGCCAACGCAGGGCCGCAGGUUUCUUUCCAGAGAAUAUGUUCAGCCACAUUCAAGCACGUGUUAUAAUUUUCUUGAGGUACUUAUAGUGAUUUCUGGUUUGUGGGUCUCCAAGUUCUUUGAUGCCAGCAAUGGUUCCUCCGCCACAUUUAUCGCGUUUGUUGACAAUGAGGCAGAAGGCUAUGUUCCUGAGUAUGCAGAGACCAUCAAACAGCUGCAGGCUGCUGCAAGAAAAAAGUUCUUCCAAUACCAGGUGUGGGAAAAGAAGAUUUGGAUGAUCCUCAGAAUGUAUUGGUCGAAGGUAUUAUCAGCCGGGCUGAAGCUAUUGAAGCUGCCGAGAAAAAGGGGAACGUAUAGUCUCCCAUUGGAUCUUAAUUAGCUGUAAUAUGGAUGGUGAUGGUGAAACAGAGCUGGAUCAUGCAACCCUGCCACUUCAUUGGCACAAAAACUUGUAUUGUCAUUGUUAGAAUGGUUAUGUAGAUAGUUAUAUGGAUUCACUAAAAAUAUAAGCAUAAAGACCUGAAAGAAGAACCAGUUAUU